AAUAACUCAAUUUUAAUAAAUAACCUAAAAUACUAUAUUAUAUCUCUAUAAGUUUACUUUAUAUCAUCAUACCUCAUCAUUCCAUUACCAUACUUAUUUUAAAAAUGAUUUCAGACAAUUAUUUAACUUAUCCAGAAAACAAAUUGCAUCAAUACUUUUUUGAUCAAACUACUGAUAAGUUAGACGUUUCCAAGUCAAACCAAUCGCCAACAGACCAAUUCGGAAAAACUGAGGAGUAUAUCAACUCCAGCAGUAUCAAUAUUCUCUUUGGAACCAAUAUCAAGUUCGAUGUUUCUCAGAUUAUCCAAGACCAUGAUUCACUUCCAGCUGCAGAAAAAAAUCUCAUCAAAAAUUAUGCUAAAUCAGAAGACAUUCAUGGUGCCUAUUACAUAUUAGGUGUAAUCUUUUGUUACUUCCCAAGAGAAUCCCUACAAGAGUUAAUGGACUUUGUUAGAUCAUUUUCUCGUAAGGGUUUUAGAAGUGCUAUUAUUAACGAGCUAGAUCAAAGAUUAUUAAGCUACAAGCAUUUUAAUGACCCAGAAAUUUAUCUAUUCCACCGUCUUUUCACCAACUUUACAAUGGAUUCAUUCCAGAGUUUUGGUUCAAGAUUCAGUUCAUUUUUAAAAGAAGAACAUUUGAUUACCAUCGAAGAUUUUGAUCCAUAUCAGUCCUCUAAUUUUUCACACUCAUCACCAGUUCCCUCUGAAUCAAGCUUAGAUUUUAACGUUAACGACUAUGUUUUCAAUAACACUCAAAGUGUUCAGGUUAUUUAUGAUAACCAGUGUGAACUUUUAUCUCCAAUGGUACAAAUCGAACAUAUCGAACAUAUCGAACAAAUGAAUCAAAUGAAUCAAUUGAAUCAAAUGACUCAAUUGGAACAAAAUUUUAAUUCAAUCGAUUCAACACCAAACUUUACAUCAACUAUUUUCCCAACUCCCCCAUCAUCCCCAUCAUUUAACCAAGUUGCUCCAUCUACACCAACCUAUCAAUUCUCCCCAUCACCAUCGUUUGAUUGCCUAUCACCAUUACAAUCAUCUUUGGAUGGGGAUUUUACUUCAGUCCCAGUUACCAAUAGUAUGGAUAUUACCAACUUUUUUGCAAAUAAUGUUGGGGCUUCUGCUCAACCAAGAGCCAGUGGUAAAUUGGAAGAAAAGCAAAAAAGAGUUACAAAAUCAUUCCCAAAAGCUGUUAUUGACCAUUCAUUCCGUUCAAAAUUAUUUGAAUUUGGUUUCACCGCCGAAGAUUUAGAAAAAGCUUCACACAAAGGUUCUGGAAAUUAUAUCUAUGGUGAAAAUUUGCUCUCUUCAAUCUCAAAUACAAUGGAGCGUCCAAUUCCACUUGAAGUUAGUACUGGCAGAAUUGCAAGAAGUGGCCUCAUUGUUCAAAUUCUCGACCCUGCUCUAUACCCAAAUGUCACUGCCGUACCAUCCCUUGUUUCCAGAAAUCCCUUAUCAAAAGAUUUCGAUUUCAAAAAAUGCGAUUUCGAUCAAAUUGAAGAAAAAUCUUAUCAUUUAACUUUCUCAAUUUUGAGACUUACAAAAACAGAAAAAAAUGUUUGCAUCAGACUUUGUUUAUUCUCCAAUGGUGUACAUUUUGACACUAUCACCACACCAAACAUUCGUUUCAGAAAUACUCCAAGUGAAUUUAGCCAUCCAAGUGAAGCUAUUGUCUUAAAAGAUCAAAAUUAUACACCAACCGACCAAUCCAACAUUGAUGAUGACUCUGUUGCAAAAGAAUUUAAAUCAAUGGAUAACUUUUUCAAGAAGGGUAUCAAAUCCACCGAAAGACAAUGUGCUAGUGAUGGUGAAACCAUUCAAAAACCAGGCAAACAAUUAGUUAUCGAAUUCAAAAACACUGCCACUAAUAAAACCUUCAAGGUUCCACAAGAUAUAUCAAAGGUUCCAGAGGAAGACAAGUGGAGAUUUGUUUCAGACAAAAAGAAUAAUAUCAUUAAUUUCCCAUAUUCAAACGUGGUAGAAUUUAAAUGUAUAAUUCCAAAGGGAACUUAUGACGUUACAUUCUUUUAUGAAAAUGUCACUAAAAAAAUUUCACCACAAAUUAAAAACUACAUAAUUAAUUAAUAUGCCAGUUUGCUCAGAAAUUAAAAAAAAAAAAAAAAAAAAAAUCAAUAGUAGUAUUACAUAAAUUUUACAAUUUUACAAAUAUUUUAAACUUUUUAAUUUUAUAAAAAUAAAUAAAUAAAUCAUUUUAAAGU